ACCAGGAGGUAUCUGAUCAUAUUAGGGUCUCACCAUGGACCUGAACACAGCAGCUUUCCUCCUUGGAGCUUUGCUCUGCAGUGUUGGUGCUACUGAGAUAGAGGGCUACUCCAGAACUGAAGGGGCAUGGAUCCUCUCACUGAAUAAACGAAUGUAUUCAGUCAGCACUUUGGCCGAAUGUGCUACCAAAUGCAACACUGAAACCCUCUUCACAUGCAGGACUUUUAUGUAUGAUGAAAACGACAGCGAGUGCUGGACAGCAGCUGCAAACUCUAAAACAGAGAAUAUCAUGCGCAGAAGAAACACAGCUUUAUAUGAAAAAAACGAAUAUCUCUUAGAAUGCGCAAAUGGGAUAGGAACAGAUUACAGAGGAACAAAGUCCAGAACAAAAUCAGAACAGGUCUGUCAGAGAUGGGAUGCAAGCUACCCACACAGGCCAAAUUUCACGCCACAGAGCCACCCACGAGCAGAUCUGGAGUCCAACUUCUGCAGAAACCCUGAUGGGGACAAAGGGGGACCCUGGUGUUACACCACUGACCCCCAGAAACGCUGGGAGCACUGCAACGUACCCAGCUGCUCUGCAUAUCAGAUACAUCAGGGAUUUUCCUUCCCAGAGGAAUGUAUAGUCUGCAAUGGUGAGGACUACAAAGGAAAAAUCUCCACCACUGAAAACGGCUUCACCUGCCAACGCUGGGACUCUCAGAAACCUCACAACCAUGACUACCAUCCCAGCAGUCUACCACAAAAAUAUCUUGAGGAGAACUACUGCAGAAAUCCAGAUGGAGAUCCCCGACCAUGGUGCUUCACCACUAGCCCAUCCAAACGGUGGGACUACUGCGCCAUACCGCGCUGCACUGCUGAACCUUCCACCAUUGUCCCAGAGGUCGACUGUGUCACCGGGGAAGGUGUAGCAUACCGAGGAACAAUUGCUGUAACUGAGUCUGGCAAAACGUGCCAGAGCUGGUCGGCUCAGGUGCCACAUAAACACAACCAGUCCCCAGAAAACUACCCUUGCAAAGGUCUGGAUAAUAACUACUGUCGUAACCCCAACAAUGAACUGAUGCCCUGGUGCUACACAACUGACCCCAGCAAACGCUGGGAGUACUGCAACGUGCCACGGUGUGGGGUUGCACGCACACAAGGUGAUCCAGUGAUCCCCCCAAAUGAGGAAGACUGCUAUGAAGGGAACGGUUUCAGUUAUCGGGGCAUAACAUCAGAGACCAUCAGUGGAAAAGAAUGUCAAAGUUGGAGCUCCAUGACUCCUCACAGACAUUACAAAACUCCAGAAGCCUACCCUGAUGCGGACCUCAGAGGGAAUCUGUGCAGGAACCCUGACGGGGACCAAGCUCCCUGGUGUUUCACUACAGACCCCGCAGUCCGCUGGGAGCACUGCAACUUGAAGAGAUGCUCUGUCAGACCUUCAGAAGUCAGUUCUCCUCGGCCACACAUCACCUCCAUUGCCAUCCAGACUCCACCGGAAAAAGACUGCAAGAUCGGAAAUGGAGCGACAUACCGAGGUCCAACCUCUGUUACUGCGAAUGGUGUGACAUGCCAGGCGUGGAGUUCUCAGACUCCUCACAGUCACAUCAGCUUCACCCCAGAGACUCACCCCACCAAGGGUCUGGACGGCAAUAGCUGCAGAAAUCCAGACAACGAUAUAAUUGGACCGUGGUGCUACACUACUGAUAGGGACAGGAUAUGGGAACACUGCCAGAUCCCUGACUGUGUUGAAAUGAAGUGCGGAACACCAGUAAUCAAACCAAAACGUUGUUUUAGUCGUCUUGUCGGCGGCUGCGUGUCGAAUCCUCACUCAUGGCCCUGGCAAAUCAGCCUCCGAACCAGUAUAGGAAAACAUGUCUGCGGAGGAACUCUGAUCGACCCUCAGUGGGUCCUUUCUGCUGCUCACUGCUUUGAGAGCUCCAUUUGGCCUUCAGCCUACAAGGUAUUCCUGGGUAUCCACACGGAGAGAGGCAAUGAGCCAUCGAAACAAGAGAGGAGACUUGAGAAAAUAGUAAUGGGACCAAACAGAGCAGAUAUUGCUCUGCUUAAACUAGAGAGCCCUGCUAUAAUAAAUGAUAACGUGCAGCCAGCUUGUCUCCCAGAAAAGGACUAUAUAGUUUCCAGUACAGCAGAGUGUUUUGUAACUGGAUGGGGUGAGACUCAAGGUACAGGAGGCGAUGGUGUCCUGAAAGAAGAGGGUUUUCCGAUUAUCGAGAACAAGGUGUGUAAUCUACCAGAAUACCUGAAUGGCAGAGUUCAAAACAACGAGAUGUGUGCCGGAUAUAUCGAGGGAGGAGCGGACAGCUGCCGGGGUGACAGCGGUGGUCCUCUGGUGUGCUAUGAGCAGAACAAGUUCGUCGUGCAGGGUGUCACAUCGUGGGGUCUGGGCUGCGCCAAUGCCAUGAAACCUGGUGUCUACGCUCGAGUGUCUAAGUUUAAGGACUGGAUAGACACAACCAUCAAAGCCAACUAAAAGCUAUCAUCUGCAGUGUGUUUACUGAGGAUGUCUUAACCUGUAUAUAUUGUUCUGCUCUGGCAAUGAUUGACUUCAUGACAUGGAGUUUUUCGGUUUUCUAUUCUCUCCUGAAGUGGAUAGACUAAAAGCAGAGCAGCUUACUGGUUUCAAAAGCAAUGAAAAUGUUUCUGUAACAGGUUAAACUUUUUUUUUUUUUUUAGAAGCCAUGCUUUACAGAAAAUGCAUUACAAAUCUACUUCUUUGUGGUUACAUUGAGUGAAAUACAAGAUAAAGAUUCAGUUGUUGUUUCCUACUUGAUUGUGUGUGACUUAAUUUAGUUUUAAGACAUUCCUACAGUUUAACCAAUUGGUGUGUGUUAUCUGUCUUCAUAGAUAAAGCUGGGUGUCAUCAGCAUAGCAGUUAAAAUGUAUACUAUGCCUUCUGAUGAUACUGCCCAAGGGAAGCAUGUAUAAGCAGAAUUGCUCCUAGCACAGAAUCCUGUGGAAAUCCAUAAUUAACCUUAGUGUGUGUGAAGAGGACUCACCAUUAGAAUGUAAAAUAUGUGUUGUGUGUUCUUUCCAUAGCUCAACAUCCCUUACACCACGUAUUGUCUGAUCAUAGCGCCAAAGUUCACGACCUUCAACUACCUGACUGAGCUUCAACUCUUUAAAUAAGCACAGAAAUGCAAAGUGUAUAUAAAAUGAUUACAACUACACCUGUAAUGAAAAGGUUAGUACGUGAUUAUGAUAACACCAGUAAUACAAAUUAUAACAUAAUACCAACAGCGUCAAUCAAUGUUUUUGAUGAGAAUAAGAAUUAAUGCAAUGGUUAAUGAUAAUGGUUAUGAAUAGUAGCAGUAAAAUAUUUCCCUGAUCUCCACAACAUGAACAAAUUGGAGUCUAUUAGACCACUGCAGCACAGUACCUGUAAUACAAAUAGCACGCUCUAAUUGAUGUAAUAAAAUAUUAUGAUCAACAGUAUUGAAAGCUGCACUGAGGUCUAACAGGACAAGCACAGAGAUGAGUCCACUGUCAGAGGCCAUGAGAAGAUCAUUUGUAACUUUCACUAAAACGGUUUCUGUACCGUGGAAAACUCUGAAACCUAAAUGCAAAAGGUUAACAUCAGCUUACAAAAGAGUUGAAAGAGACAACUGAAAACAUAAACUCAUAUGAAA